UUUUAAUAAUCGAAUGAAAUUGUCACAGUGACGCUCGUGUGUGUGUGUGUGUGUGUGUGUGUGUCUUCGUUAAGAUGUAUUUUAUUAUUCUUUAAAUCAAACCAGUGAAAGUGUGUUUAUGUCCCAACGUGAAGUUUCCACCUUUGUUAUUGUGAGUUUUCUUCCUUCUGACCCAGAACAGGUCUGCACAUGCGCACUGCAUCGCUUCUAUGGGGACGAGGGAGGACAUCACGGAAAAAACGUAGCAGCAGCAGCAGCAGCAGCAGCGAAUCCCACGCCGAGAUUUGGUCUCUCCGCUGCGGUCAAACUGCGCCACGGACGCGGCCUGUGACUAUGCCCGGCGCGGCGGUGCGGAGCGGCGGGUGAACACUUGACGAGCCCGUGAAGUGUGAGCCGUUUGCCGGGAGAGGAAACUACAAUUCUUCAUGCGGGAGCAGCAUGCGGGAAAUGGUCGGAGGCUGCUGCGUGUGUUCAGACGAGCGAGGCUGGGCGGAGAACCCGCUGGUCUACUGUGAUGGACACGGCUGUAACGUCGCCGUUCACCAAGCAUGUUACGGCAUCGUCCAGGUGCCCACCGGCCCGUGGUUCUGUCGGAAGUGCGAGUCACAGGAGAGGGCGGCGCGCGUGAGGUGUGAACUGUGCCCCCACAAAGAUGGAGCCCUCAAGAGGACGGACAGCGGCGGCUGGGCCCACGUCGUGUGUGCGCUCUACAUCCCUGAGGUGCAGUUUGCCAACGUCCUCACCAUGGAGCCCAUCAUCCUGCAGUAUGUCCCACACGAGCGAUACAUCAAGACCUGUUAUAUCUGUGAGGACCAUGGGAGGGAGAGCAAGGCAGCGUGUGGAGCCUGCAUGACCUGCAACAGACAAGGCUGCAGACAGGCCUUUCACGUCACAUGUGCUCAGAUGGCUGGUCUGCUGUGUGAAGAGGAAGGACCAGAAGCUGACAACGUCAAAUACUGCGGCUACUGCAAGCAUCACUACAACAAACUGCAGAAAAAGUUGCGUUCUAGUGAAAAUACAAGUACGUCCUUCACUCAUCCCAGGGGGCGCUCUACCUCUCCUUCACAGGACAAACACCACCAUCACAGGCAGAGGAAGAGUCAUAAAGACAAGAUUCGGCAAAAAGAGCGUCACAAGAAGUCGUCUGACAGACUGAGCUCAUCAGUGACAACGAGCAUAGAAAAGAUCUCCUCCAGUCACCAUGGCAACAAAGACAAUGAGGGAAAAUCCAAGAAGCUAAGCUCACACACUCAUGGUCAUCGCAGUAAAAAGACAGGGAGCACUGGCAAGAGCUGCUCCUCCUCCUCCUGCUCCUCCAGUCCCUUCAACACUGGUGGCUCCUUGUCUUCAGCUCAGGAUUUCCAUCAGUUCUCGUCUUCGUCACGUCUGGAGCGUGAACCUGACCACAGUGGAGAGGAGCGCAAGGAGCGUCACCGGAGGCCAGCGGUCCAGGAGAACGAGGAAGAGGAGGACAAGGAUGAGGAGGAGGAGGACAAGGAUGAAGAGGAGGAGGACAGUAAAUACCACAAGCCUCCAGCUUUGACUCCUGCUGAUGGUCCACUGGCAGCAUCACAAGGUCAUGACAGGUCAGAGGACAACUCCAGCCCCUUCGAGAACAAAGUCACCAUCUCUACGUUCGGGUCCAUCAUGCGUAUCACCUCCUCAUCAGGACUCGGCAGCAGCACUAAGAUCCGCAAGAUCUCCUCCUCCUCCUCCUCAGGGGACUACAAACCCUCCAAGUCACUCUGCAAGCCGUCUCAACUGAGUCGGCCACCUGUCCUCGAGGAGGCCGAUGUGGAGGACAAGGCCACGCCCCCUCCUCCACUGCCCAGAGAGAGGAGGCACCGUGGCAACAAGAAGAGUCGCCACGGCCCUGGGCGCCCGCGGGGCAGCAAGAACCGAGAGAGGAGGGAAGAGGAACUUCACCACCACCAUCAGCACGCAGCAGCAGCAGCACCUCCUCCUCCACCUCCUCCAGCCUUAACCUCCUCGCUCUACACAAGCCCAUCCUCCAUCCCACACCCCGUCUUCCCCACCACGCUACCUCCUACCUCUUCCUCCUCCUCCUCCUCCUCCACCUCAUUGUCGUUCACCUCCUCUGUGGGCAGUUUCUCCACAGGUCGUGGUCACUCACUGCUUGGCUCUGGUCUCUACUCCAGCCUCAAGGACCCUCUCACACUGGGUGGGGGGGUGUGUAGCCCCCCUCUGUCCCUGGGUGGGGGGUUGUGUAGCACCUCCUUGUCUCUGGGAGGGGGCAUGUGUAGCACCCCUCUCUCCUCAGGACUCCUCCCAUCCCAUGUCUCCUCGCUGUCUCUUCCGUCGGUCAACGCCGUCACAAACACACAGGUCCAUCCAGGUUCCAGCAGCACCUACAGCAUGACCUCGUCUCAGCCUUUCACCAGCUGUCUCUCCACAGCCCAGACACUGCCGCCACUACUGAGCCAAGCCCAGACCUCACUGCCAGAGUCCGACAUGGAUGACUGUCGCUUCCCGUGUCAGGGGAACUCGCCGAGAGAGAGUCUUUCCUCACAGUCUCCCAUGAGCUGUCUUCCUCUUCUGUUUGACCCGAGAGACGGACUGGGAGCAGGAGUCCGAGCUCACCCUGAGAACGUCCCUGCAGCCAGCUCCCACAUCGAGCUGCUGCUGGAGAAACACAGCAACGGAGAGAUGGGAGUCAACAUUGUCGAGAUGCUGCAGUCGCUUCACUCGCUGCAGCAGGAGAACCAGCGUCUCCAGGACCAGAUCCUCAGCCUGACGGCCAAGAAGGAGCGGCUGCAGGUUCUCAACACGGAGCUGGCCGUGCCGUUUCCUCAGCACUUCCACUCUGUCCAGGGCUCCUUACACACCUCAGCCCAGAUCAACUUCCUGUCGUCCAUCCAAGACCCCCUUAGCGCCAAUAAGAGCCCUCUGUCCAAAAGCUGCUUCCUGAAUGACACCUCCUUCAUUACCUCGUCUGAGGAGCUUCACUCUGGAAGUCCUUCCCGCAGUAGCUCGUCCCUCUCCUUCCACAGUACUCCUCCUCCUCAGCAGAGCCCCGCCUCCUUCAGCCAGCCCGUGCUGAACGGUCUGAGUGUGGGGAGCAUGGGUCAGGCCGGCGGCUCCUCCCUGCCGGCGGUGGGCGGGCUGAUGGCGUCUCUGGCAGGAAGUCCUCAGCUGAGUAUGAACAGUGUACUGGGGAGUCUGAACGGUGUGAUCCAAUCUCCUGUGCAGAACCCGCCUCAGCCCACACUCCCCGCUCUGAGGCCGCAACCUCCACCACUCAACCCACAGGCACUGGCACAAGGUUUCCAGCUCCCCAAGAGUGUGAGCCCGUCGUCUCUCCUCUCAGAGCAGCAGAAGCAGUUUCUUCUUGAGCAGCAGCAGCUCCAGCAGUUCCUCACCUCACAGAACUUCACUCCUGAGCAGCAGCUGGUCGUGUGUCAGAUGCUGCAGCAGCAGAGACAGAGGGAGCUGCAGCGCCUCACGCUGACCGGAGCGCUCGCCUCCACCCCAAACUCACCCAACCUGCUGUCGUCGGCCAUCGCCUCACCCCUGCAGGGAAACCAGGGCGGCGGCCUCUUUGGUCUGCAGGACGGCGCGCUGCACAAGCCCGGGGCUGCUGGAGAAAAGGGCGGAGACAAGAAUGGGUGAAAGGUCAAACACACAGGAGCCGCUCAGAUGAAGAUAUCAGGCAUCACACGCCUUCUUGAAGAACUGAAGACAAGUGAGACGACUUAAAAACGUCUUUUUCCCUCGUUUAUGAAUGUAUAACAAGAUGGACUGAAACGUCAAGGUGAAGUUUUUUAUGUUUUUUUUAUUAUUAUUAUUAUUAUUAUUAUUAUUAUUAUUAUUAUUAUUUGUAAUUCUUUAUACCAGAAGUUCUUUUAAUAGGUUUAUGUGUGUAGGCAGCUUUCAGAGAGCACAAUUUCUGUGGUCUCUUCUUAAAUUGCACUAUUAUGUUAAUAAGACCAAUGGGGCUGCUCAUGAAGGCGGAGCUGCAGUUCCUGCUGCACCCUGCAGGUGCAGUGUUGGCGUCAUGGAUUGUCCUCCGUGGCUUGAACCAGAGUUUUUCCCGGAUCAGUUUUCUGCUCGAUCUUUCAACCUCGCCUGUCUUCCUUCAUAUUUUGUCUUCCUUUUUCUGUUCACCCCGCCUUCUUCUAUCAUAGGCACUUAUUAUGUAAAGCAUAAAUAUACUGUCACUUUUCACUGUGUGGUCAGUGGCAUUUCAAUAUUAAAGGGACAGUUGUGGUUGUAUGAGGUAUUUUCACAUUAUACCCCAUUCCCUCUGAUUCACAAAACUCGCGGUCGACUGGUCCAUUAAUCAGUCCAUACGUUCUGGUUCGACUCAAAUUCUGAUUCUGAUUUUAUACUUUCAUAAUUUCAUGGUUAAUUUGAUUUCAUCUG